AUGAUAGACAUAGCACAAGAAGGACUGAUCACGGUCGCCGGUCCCCUGAACUCCGGAGUACAGUCGGUCCACAACCUGGUCGUCUCGGCAACGGAUGGAGGCGGUCUGGUGUCGCAGGUCAACGCGAACGUGGCGGUGAGCGUGAUCGGGACGGGAGAGAUGCCGCCUGUGUUCAGCCAGGCGCGCUACAGCUUCAGCGUACCAGAGGAUGCCGCCCGCCAGCACACGGUCGGCACGGUGAUGGCCUCCCACAGCGACCCAGGUAAAACUGACCCCAUCACAUACUCCAUCCACUCCGGCGACCGGCAGGGAUACUUUGCCAUCGACCCGACGACCGGGCGGAUCUACACACAGCUCAACCUGGACCAUGAGACAGUCAGCAGCCUUCUGCUCAACAUCCAGGCCUCCAGCGGAAACCCACCCGUCUACGGUCGCGCGCAGGUCAACAUCACCAUCCUCGACAUCAACGACAACCGUCCCGAGUUCACCGUGGCUACGGAGAGCGUCGCCAUCACCGAAAACGUUUCCCCCGGUACGAUCAUCUUCGUAGCGAGCGCUCAGGAUCAAGAUGCCGGUAGCAACGGGCUUGUACGCUACUCGCUCCUCAACAACCAGGACAACUUGUUCAGCGUGAAUUCCAUCUCCGGGGAGGUGAAGAUCUUGCGGAGUGUGGAUGCGGACGAUGACAACCCGUUGCGUUACGAGUUAAAGAUCAUGGCCCACGACCAGGGCACACCUCAGCGGUUUUCGAACCUGACCCUAUUGGUCAUCAUUCAGGACGAGAACGACAAUGGCCCGAUGUUUAGUCCGACGUUCUACGACGUCCAGGUUCCGGAGUCCGCCAGCGUGAACUAUCGUUUUCUGCAAGUCACCGCGCUCGACCGCGAUAGCGGACUGAACGAAUUCAUCACGUACUAUCUCUCCAACAGCGCGGAUUCGCCCAACUUCGGCAUGUUCCCGGACGGUUGGCUCUACGUGAAACAUCGUCUGGAUCGCGAGCUUCGUGACUCGUACUUCCUCCAGGUUGUUGCCAGGGACAACGGCUCGCCCCCGCGUAACGCCACGGCGAACGUCCGUGUGACGGUCACCGACGACAACGACAAUGACCCCAGGUUCACGCAGGAGUCGUACCACUUUUCAUUGGUUGAGAAUCUUCCGACAGGCACAACGGUUGGUACGGUGUUCGCUGUGGAUGCGGAUAUAGGGAAUAACGGGGACCUGGACUUCUCCAUCAUCCCAAACAAUUCAAGCUUCAUCAUAACCACAGGACACCAAAGGGGUGUGAUCAAGACCAAGAGGCCUCUUGACCGCGAGACCACGGCCAGGUAUGACCUUGUGCUGAAGGUCAGGGACCGGGGCACGCCUCCCCGCACCGCCACGGCUACGCUGCACAUCGUGGUGGAAGACAUGAACGACAACGCGCCUUACUUCAGUCACAGUGGCCAGUACCUGGGAGAGGUAGAGGAGCACCAGCCCAACGGGACUGAGGUCAUCAGGGUUCUGGCUGACGACCCAGAUAACGGAGAGAACGGCACCAUCACGUACAGGCUCGUCACAAGCACACCUGGGAUGAACGGAGAGGAGAUGUUCAACAUCCACUCCCAAUCUGGCCUCAUCACCACCAACGCUCCUCUGGACCGCGAACAGAAGCCGACUUACGUGCUGUCGGUGGCCGCGGUCGAUGGGGGAACACCACCCCGCGAGCGUACGACGUUCGUGCACAUCCAUGUAACCGAUAGCAACGACAACGCACCGGUGUUCGUCAACUCCACGAUUUCCAUUGAGGUUGAGGAGGGGUUGGAAGCAGGUUCAACGAUUGGUUCGGUCCACGCCCUUGACAACGACGAGGGUGAAAACGGGCGCGUGUCCUACGAGAUCAUGCAGGGGAAUCUGUAUGGCACGUUCGGCGUGGACCGAAACACAGGACGGAUCUUCACCGCCAAGGAGCUCGACUUCGAGCUCAACGCUCGCUACCGUCUGAUCGUGCAGGCACAGGACAACAAUGCUCGCAGUCAGAAAAGCAGCACAAUCUACGUCAACGUCAACGUGAUCGACAUCAACGACAACGCGCCGACAUUCCGCAGCGAUCCCGUCAUGUUCGGUCUCCAGGAGAACACGGCCGUGAACAGCACGGUCUGGACGUUUUCCGCCACGGACGUGGACAGCGGGAGAAACGGCGCGGUCCGCUACCGCAUCAUGGACCAGCUGCCCAACGGGAACAACUUCCGGAUCGACUCGGUCACGGGGGCGCUACAGACCACCACGCCGAUCGACCGCGAACAGACCAGCCAGUUCACGCUCGUCGUCGAGGCGACGGACCAACCGGUUAAUCUCUCCCACGCGAGAACGAAGACCACCACUGCGAGGAUUCUCGUAGAGGACGUGAACGACAACACACCCGUGUUCGUGUCGCGAACGGAGACCUACGUUAUGGAGGAUGAGCCGGUUGGUUACCACGUGAUGUACGUCAUCGCUGUUGAUGAUGAUUUCGGGGACAAUGGUCGCGUCACGUACCAGAUCGUCUCUGGGAACCAGGGCGGGAAGUUCCUGCUGGACCCCAACACAGGCUUGCUCGCGAUCGAGAGGAGACUGGACCGUGAAACGGAGUCGCGUUACGUCCUGAACAUCACGGCGACCGACCACGGGACCCCGUCGCGGUCGGCGUCGCACCUCAUCACGAUCCACGUUCGCGACGUGAACGAUAACCAGCCGCGCUUCCUGCAGGACACGUACCAGGCCAGCGUCUCCGAGAACCAGAGCCCCGGAACCUCCGUGAUUCAGAUCACCGCGCUGGACGCAGAUGCAGGAACCAAUGGCGUCCUGACGUACAACAUCCCGCGAGGAGUGGCGGAGGAUCGGUUCACCAUCGAGGAGCAGACGGGGGUGAUCCGCACGGCGUUCAGACUGGACAGGGAGGAAAAGGACUCCUAUAUCGUCACAGCGUAUGCUCGAGACGGAGCCUACCCCUCACGGUUCGGCUUCACCUCGGUGGUGGUGAGCGUUCUCGACACCAACGACCACGCGCCGGUGUUCAAAGACGCAGAGUACAUGAUGACCGUACCAGAGAACCAGCCGAACUACGGGGUCAUCCACACUGUCGUGGCGUACGACGCAGACAUCGGGACCAACGGACAAGUCAGAUAUGAGAUAAUCGAUGGAAACGUCGGGGGUAAGUUUGCGGUGGACGCGGUUACGGGCGAGCUGUCGGUGAUCUCUGACCAGGCUCUGGACCGGGAGACGGUUCCGCUGUACCACCUGAUCGUCCAGGCCCACGACAACACAGACGCGCCCCGCACCAGCACCACCAACAUCACCGUAGCCGUGUCAGACGAGAACGACAACAACCCCAUCUUCACCGAUCCAUCCUACCAGCAGACUAUACAGGAGGAUGUGUCAGUGGGCAGCACGGUGAUCCGUGUGACCGCUCAGGACCGAGACGAAGGGGUCAACGGAGAGGUGUUCUAUUUCCUUAGCAACGAGACCAACGGGAUGUUCCGCAUAGACAACACCUCCGGCAUCAUCACAACUACCAGACUCCUGGAUCGUGAAAAGCAGUCCGUGUACAGUUUUGACGCCUACGCCUCCGACCGCGGUCCCUUCGGACCGCGCACCUCCAAUGUCCGUGUCACGGUGGACAUCAGCGAUGUUAACGACAAUGCGCCCGUUUUCACCCAAGUGCCGUUUGAGACCACCAUUGAACGGAACAUUGGAGUCAACCAGCAGGUCGUGACUGUGACUGCAGAAGACAAAGACACGGGAUCAAAUGCUGAAAUUCUUUACAGGUUUGACAGCUCCAACGCCAACUCGCAGAAGUUCAACAUUGGUCCGCAGAGCGGGAUCAUCACCACCCAGGUCAGCCUUGUUGGCGACAGCGCCAACAUCUUCCGGCUGCAGGUCAUCGCCGAGGACCAAGGAUCACCUGCAAAGAGCUCUACAGGUCUUGUAGUGAUCACCAUGAGCGACUCCAGUAUGACCACCCUGCGCUUCGACAACGGGACCUACAGCGCCUACAUCUCCGAAAACGCCAUCGCAAACACCGACAUCAUUUCCGUCAGUGCCUCACGCGAGGACGGACAGCCCGCCUCUGUCACGUACAGUUUUGCAAGCGGAAACGACGAUGAAUCGUUCGAGAUCAACCCCACGUCCGGCCUGAUCACGGUGAAGGACUCAACAAAUCUGGACUUCGAGACGGCGCAGCGCGUCCGGCUAAUCGUCACGGCGCAGGCCACAACACCUUCGCUGUACGGCUACGCUACGGUCUGGGUGAACUUGAGGGAUGAGAACGACAAUGCGCCGCGCUUCGAUCAAGACCGGUACACCACGUCUGUGUGGGAGGGCAACGACAGGGGGAUGUUUGUCAUCCAGGUCUCAGCGACUGAUGCAGACAGCGGCACAAACUCGGAGGUCCAGUAUUCCAUCGUGAGCGGUAACCACGACAACGCCUUCGUGAUUGACAGGGAUCGCGGAAUCAUCUCCACCAACGUGCGGAUGGACCGGGAGGUUCGGGACAGCUACAGGCUGGAGCUGCGUGCCGUCGACAAGGGGACGCCCCGCCUCACGGGGUCCGCCACCCUCCGCAUCAGUGUGGUGGACAUCAACGACAACCGCCCUACGUUUCCGGAACCCUACCCGCCCGUCAACGUGCUGGAAGGUGCGGAGGUCGGCAGUGAGCUUGCGCUGGUGACAGCAAAUGACAUUGACACGGACCCGACCAUCACCUACACCUUCACCACCCACGGGAACCCAGGGGGAGUGUUCAGCAUCGACCGAUACAGUGGAAAGGUAACGCUAGCCCAGCCGCUUGACCGAGAGUCCGUGCAGAGUUACAUCAUCACCAUCAUGGCUUCGGAUGAGGUGCACACGGACCAGACCAAUGUGGAGAUCAAUGUCCUCGAUGAGAACGACAACCCGCCUGUCUUCGACCAGCAGACUUACCAGGUGGACAUAGCAGAGAUGGUCCCUCCCCACUACUCAGUGGCGACAGUAACAGCCACAGACAGGGAUGCUGGUAGUAAUGCAGAAAUCACCUACAGUAUGACGGUGGCACCCGUGGAAGGGUUCUACGUGGAUCCCAGAAACGGCACGAUCUUCACCAACAAGACCAUUGAGAUCAACCGCAUGCAGUCCACCAUCCAGCUGGUCAUCGAAGCUCGCGAUCACGGAGUUCCGUCCCUAGCUUCCGUCGUCGCGGUCCGAAUCCAGGUCAACGACAUCAACAACCACGCCCCGCAGUUCACGGCCGGGCAGUACGAGGAACACGUCAGCGAGGCCGCCCCGCGCGGGACCACUGUUGCCACGGUUACAGCCACGGACGCCGACCAAUCGCAUGACAACAGCAACAUCCACUUCGGCAUCGUGCAGGGCAACGAGGACGGGAAGUUUCAGAUCGAAACCAUCGAGCCGAGCCCGAAUUCUGACCAGUACAUGGGGAAGAUAAUCCUGUUCCAGGCUAUUGACCGUGAGGAGGUCCCGAUGUACACGCUCCGAGUGCUAGCUAGCGAUCGUGGAACGCCGGAGAGGAACAGCACGGUCACGGUGUAUGUGCUAGUCGACGAUGUGAACGACCACUCUCCAAUCUUCAACUCUACUCAGUACGUUGCUCAGAUCAGCGAGGAAGCUGUCAUUGGUGCGUUUGUCGUUCGUGUGUUCGCCUUCGACGCAGACUCGGGUCCGAAUGCGGACAUCCACUACGAGAUCACUUCUGGAAAUGACGACAGCCUUUUUGCCAUCAAUUCUCAGAGCGGUGUCAUAACGGUUGCGAACCCUCUGGACUACGACACAGUCGCGCAGCACAACCUGACGAUCCGUGCGAAAGACAGCACCUCGGACGGCGCCAAACACACCAUCACGUCUGUCUUGAUUAACCUGAUCGACGAGAACGACAACCCGCCCGACUUCCCCGUGCUGAUGUAUCUGGAGGAUGUGCCGGAGGGACGGCCGGUGGGAACCUUGGUGUUCACCGCAGAAGCGCGGGACAAAGACGCGGGCAUUUACGGAACCCUGUCGUACGUCAUACUCGAUCGGGACGUGACCAACGACGGUACCAGCGAUGUCGCGCAAGGGAAGGACGCUUUCGAGAUCGACUCCAGCACGGGCGAGGUCCGAACCAGGGAGGUUUUCGACUACGAGACGCAGAAUACGUACGGGUUCUACAUCCGAGCCACCGACACAGGCGGACUCUCUACAGACGUACAGGUGGGGGUGUCCAUUCAGAGUGUGGACGAAUUCCCACCUGUUUUCACCCAGGACAACUACAUCUUCACCGUCAUAGCUAACGCAGAUGUCGGCACCUUCGUUGGGCAGGUCGAGGCCACUGACGCAGACGGAGGGCCCGACGGAAUCGUCUCGUACUCGAUCAGGAACGACAAGUUCGCCAUCAACGAAUCCGGCGUGAUCACGGUGAAAGCCAGCCUGCUGGAAGGCAACACGGUGACCGACCCAUCCCGUCGCAAACGCAGACAAGCCGAGAACGAAGACCAGAUUAAUCUGAUCGUGGAGGCCAGCUCGGGGAGACCCGGCUCUCUGAGCGAACAGAAGGCUAUAUCAGUGAAAAUUGACAGGAGCUGUCCGGGUUGCAACCCAUCAGCGCAGAGUGCAUUAUCCCCGCUUACGCCACUGUCCCUCGCUCUGAUCCUCAUCUUCGCGCUCAUUGCCGUCAUCCUCUGCGUGGUCCUGAUCGUGCUGAAGUUCAAGAGAAGGAAGCAGAGGCCGCCGCCCACGUCGUUCGAUGGAUCGUUCGACACGGUCGUGGUGCAGAACACGCACUCCUUCGGCAGGGACGGCAGCCAGAAGCAAAGCCAGCAGCUCAGGAUGUUCAAGGGGCAUCCUUCCUUCGCCACCGCGGAUAACUCCGCCGAUAUGGGAACUCUUACCAGGACGGACAUAUCAGAGCACUCCAACAACUCACAGUCGAGCGGACGAGGCUCCUCAGAAGUCGAUGAAGACGAAGAAAUCCGAAAGAUAAACGAAACACCUGCCUCCAUCUCCCCCAACUCCGAUCAGCACAAGGUCCGUGAGAUUCCCGACUCGGGCAUACAGCACGACGAGGACGCGAUGUCGGAAAUGUCCGUUAAAGACACUGCGGACCUGAUCUCCCGGCUGGCCGUGACGUCCAACCAGGGCUCGCAAAUCAACACCAUGAUCAGCAAGAGCGUGGAGAGCAUGCACGUGUUCCGGGACGAGGGGGGAGGUGAGGCAGGUGGCGACAUGGACAUCGGGAACCUCAUCCACCAGAAGCUGCACGAGGUCGGCAUGGAGGAGAACGAGGCCAUCAUGGACGGCACGCGGGACUUCGUGCUCAUCGACGACGGGCAGCCCUCAGUCGCGGGUUCGCUCAGCUCCAUAGUAGCGAGUGAGGAGGAGCUUAGAGGAAGUUAUAACUGGGACUAUCUGCUGGACUGGGGUCCGCAGUAUCAGCCCAUGGCUGACGUGUUUCUUGAGAUCGCGAAACUCAAGGACGAGACUGUCGCGAAGCGGCAGAUCCACCACCCGAAGUCGGCGUUCACGCCGAAAGUAAGAACUCACCCUCCACCUCUUAUCACAAACCUACCGCAGAGUUCCGUUUCAACAAUAGCUCCGAUCGCGCUAGGCGGUUCAUCCAGAACGAGCCAAGCUACGUCCAUAUCGUCUCUACCCCGCUCGCCUAUCAGCCACGAGUCGACCUUCACGUCGCCGGCGUUAACACCUAGUUUCUCCCCGUCACUGUCGCCCCUAGCGACGAGGUCUCCCUCCGUGUCGCCCCUAGUUACGGGGCCGAACUCUGGCGCGAGCACGCCUCACCGCCGCUCCGCUUACUCCUCUACGUUCAUGACGAGAGUGCCGUCGCCUACAGGCUCCGAGCAGGAGCUUAGAAUAUGAACUCUACCGCUGUGAAACUUUGUAUCAAAUGUACAGGCAAAAAAUGUUUAUGUAAGAAAAGUUGCUAAUGUUGUUUUGUAUGUAUGUUAUCUUCCAGAGAAAGAGGCUUUGACUUUUGAUACUUGAUGAACAGAGUAUUGAUAUUAUGAUUGUCUUUUUCACCACUAGAUUUAAUCACUUUCUCGAAAAUCAUGGAAAUUUUACUCCCAUGUAAUGAACGUACGCACCGCUUAGCAGAUCCUGCUAUUUUGACGAUGGUUCGAUAACGUAUCAAUACUACAAAAACUAUUGAUCUAUUCCUGGUAUUUUUAAUGAAUUCUCUUCAAUGUACAUAUCAAGUGAAUGUACGAAUGUUAGAUCUAUUGUGACAAAUAACAUUCCAUUGCAAUGUUUAAUACGUAUAAGUUAUUACGACGUUUUUCUAAAAACUUUUAUCCAAAGGUUUAACAUGACGAACUGUACAUAAUGUAUUCAAAGUUUAAUGAGAUUGACGCUUGUUUAGGAUAGUGCCAAGUGUAAGUCCUAGCAGAUCUAGUACGCAUAGCUUAAGAACCACUUUCGAGAGAAGUGUACUUUUUAUAUGUGGCACGCUGUAUUGUGUAAAUUUUGGAAGCUCAGAUGUUAUUUUUGGGUCUACAAGUGCCACUUGAAGAAUACUAGUUCUGCUUCAAAUGUUUUUUUUACUUACACCAAAAAUAAACGUUACAUGACCAAUA